AUGGAGAAUGCGGCUGAGAAGGGCGGCGGCGACGGGGAGGAGGGAGGGAGGAGGAGGAAGCUGACGCAGGGGCGGAAGAAGAUCCCGAUGGAGCGCAUCGACGACGCCAAGAGGCUGCAGGUCUGCUUCUCCAAGCGCCGCAAGGCCCGCAACGGCCUCGUCAAGAAGGCCUUCGAGCUCUCUGUGCUCUGCGGCGCGCAGGUGGGGCUCAUCGUCUUCUCCCCCGCCGGCAAGCCCUACACCUACGGCCACAGCUCCCUGGAAGCCGUCCUCGACCGCCUCGUCGACCCUUACGCCUCCUGUCCCGCCACCGACGAGGCGGCGCGCCAGACGGAGCUGCGCGAGCUCCUCCACAAGGAGGAGCAGCUGAUGAAGGCCCGCGACGCGGAGCUGCGCAGGGGGGAGGAGCAGCUGAUGAAGGCCCGCGACGCGGAGCUGCGCAGGGGGGAGGAGCAGCUGAUGAAGGCCCGCGACGCGGAGCUGCGCAGGGGGGAGGAGCUGGAAGCAAAGAUGCGCGCGGCCGGCGUCCGUAUCGACGGCGACUUGCGUGGCUGGGAGCUGCCGGAGCUGCAUGCCGCUCUUGGCGCGCUCGAGAGGGUCCAGGCGGAGGCCGCGGUGCGGGCGCACGAGAUCUUCGCCCAGGAGGGAUAUGAUGCAGCAGUGCACCGGCGGCGGCAGCCUCCUCGGCUACCUCGGAUCCGGUCCCUCCUACACGCCCGAUGCCUCUGGCAGCCAUGAGGAGGAAGCCAUGGGCACCACGAUGAAACUGAUGGGGGUCGGCGCCGGUAAUAACCUCUUCGACUACCUCAGCUGCUCUGGUUCCUUCAUUGACGACGGCGGCACCGGCAGCCAUGCGUUGACCCUGGACACUAUGAUGAGGCUGCGCGGCAGCCUGUAUCACUACGACUGCUCCGCCCCGUUCGCGACGACCUACGGCGCCGACGGCGGCCAUGAUGUCAUGGUCGAUACCACGAUGAAGCUGAUGGGCGGUGACGUCGGCCAUGCGCUCGCGCCGAUGGUGCUACCGUCGCCGCCACCUCUUCCUCUGCAUUUCAACCAUGGCUAUGGCUAC